GUCAGCUCCACAUCCAGAAGCUCCCGCGGCCAGACGCACGCAUCACUCCACACUGGAAGUGCCAAAACUGCGCCUCUGAGAUAACUCCGGGUCGGAGGAGAAGUGGAAAAGCUUGACAGUUUCUUAAAAAAAGGAGGGGGGAGCAGUCGGGUGAUCCAGACACCCCCUUCAUCAUCUUCUAUCUUGGGAUCCCUACUUUCUAGUUUUUUUUUUCCCUGCCUCCUCUUGCGCCGGUGUGACUUUGGGACGCAUUUCCUCGCACGCGCGCUCCGGACAUGUCUUUCCCUCAGCUGGGCUAUCCCCAGUUCAUCAGCGCCUCCCAUGAGGUGUACGGGGGCGAGCGGCCGGCCUCCGCCCGGGAAGGCGGCGCGGAGAGCGCGGUGAGCUCGUCCGCCACCGCCGCGGCCGUCGGCUCCAUGCUGGGGAUGUACGGGAGCCCGUGGGCGGCUCACAACUACAGUGCCUUUCUGCCGUACAGCGGAGCCACAGACCUCGCCCUCAUAUCCCAGAUGGGUUCCCAGUAUGAGUUGAAGGACAGCCCGGGCUCGCACCCAGCCUCCCUGCCCGUCCACGCCGCUCAAGGAUUUUACCCGUACGGCCAGUACCCGUACGGAGACCCGUCGAGAGCCAAGACCGCCACCCGGGAGACCACCAGCACCCUGAAGGCCUGGCUGCAGGAGCACCAGAAGAACCCGUACCCCACCAAAGGGGAGAAGAUAAUGCUCGCUAUCAUCACCAGGAUGACACUCACACAGGUGUCGACGUGGUUUGCGAAUGCCCGCAGACGCCUGAAGAAGGAGAACAAGGUCACCUGGGGCCGCAGCGCCGAGGACCGGGACGGCAGAAUUUUCAGCAGCGACAACGAGGACGAGCACGGCAAGAACGGCAGCGACGACGACGACGACGACGAGGAGAUUGAUUUGGAAACUGUCGACGCCGACAGACCGGAGGAGCAGAGAGCCGGGGAGCAGCAAGGCGCGGCGAAAGGAGAGGGAGACGCGGGCCUGUCCGUCAGGGAGGCCCCCGAGCCGAAGAGCUCGGAGGGCGGCAGGACGCUUUCUGUGGAGGCGGCGAUUUCCCUCAAUAAACCGCCCGCUGCCAAGCUCGCAGCGGACCGUUCGCCCAGCAGACAGGAGUGCCAGAGACCCCCGCAGAGCAAACCCAAAAUAUGGUCCUUGGCCGAAACCGCCACAGCCCCCGAUAGCUCUCAGAAACCGGCCCACGCGGCCCACGCGCACCACCCGUCCUUGGCCUCCGCCGCUCACCCGGCCUUGCUCCCGGGUCAUGGAAUUUACACGUGCCAGAUUGGCAAGUUGCACAACUGGGCCAACGCGGCCUUUUUGAACGCCAACUCCCUUUUAAACAUGAGGUCGCUCCUCGGAGGAGCUCCGGCCGGACACCUGCCUCUCCACGGCGGCGCGUCGGCCGCGCGUCACGACGCACGGUCGGCGGCGGCGGCGGCGGCGGGCCCGGGGACCUCGGGAACGGAGGACGACAGUGACGUCGAGUCGUCUGAAAGCUUCAGCCCAAAAAGAGAUGAUGAAGAGAGCGACCACAGGCCCGAUAACCUGAAGUCCCCGUUCCAGCUGCUCACUGACAGACCUCACCACGGGACAGCAGCACAGCGGGUUCUGACUACGACAUUAUGAGCAGGCAAAGGACGGAACAGAAGAAAGGAAUAACUUUAUUUAACGCAGAACAAUUUAACGAAGGCUAUUUUUCGACGGGCGAUACAUGUCAUAGUAUUAUUGGUGAACUUCCACGUGCGACAGAGAUGGUUGUUUUUGUCACAGAUUUGCUCGUUUGUUUCUUUUAUGUCUUUUUAUGUUCCUUCUCUGCGUCCUCUUUUGUGAAUGAAAACCUUGAUUUGUAAAUACAGGAUAUGAAUUUGUCUUUAAAGAAUAUAUUUUUUGGAAACUAAAUAAAUGUCAUUAUAGUCA